AUGGGGGACAUCCAUUUCAAUUUACCCCACACGGCUUUCUCUUUAGCCCUUGGGUAUGGCAGGACCAAGACCAGCCUCAAGAUCUCUGGCCUCAUUGGUAUCGAUCCUGUCGCUGGCCAAGACAAGUCCUCACAAGUCUCACCCAAGAUCCUCACCUACGAGCGCUCCUCUUUGGACAUAGCCAUGCCGGUCUUGGUCAUCGGCACCGGGCUGAGCGAACAGAAGAGGCACGAGCUCCUCCCUGGCUCUGCCUGUGCCCCAAAAGAUGUCAACCACCGGGAGUUCUACAGGGAGUGCAAGCCACCCUGCUACCACUUCGUGACUAGGGACUAUGGGCAUCUGGACAUGCUGGAUGAUGAAUAUGCAGCAGCACUCUUCAGGUAUUUCUGCAAGGAGGGGAAGAACUGCAAGGAGAUCAUGAGGAGAAGCGUUGCUGGGAUCAUGGUCGCCUUCUUGAAAGCCGUGCUUUCUGGAGAAGACGGUGAUCUUAGGGUCAUAGUGAAAGAUCCUGGGCUUGCUCCAGCCAAACUCAAUCCAGUUGAGUACCGUUUGGCAUGA